AUUGUGCCCUGUCCCUCUGCUAAGCUACGCUAGCUGUCAGUCCGCCCAGCAGCAUCACGCCAGGGACACUCAAGGCUCUGCAAACUCCCCUUACAAACACAUUUGCACGGCACGAUGGCUGUCCCUCCUUCAUACUCAGACCUGGGCAAGGCUGCCAAGGAUAUAUUCAGCAAAGGCUAUGGCUUUGGUGUUGUGAAGCUGGACCUCAAGACCAAAUCACAAAGUGGAGUGAUGGAGUUCAACACAUCUGGCUCCAGUAACACAGACACGGGGAAGGCCUCGGGGAGCCUGGAGACCAAAUACAAGAUGAAGGAGCUGGGUCUGAGCUUCAACCAGAAGUGGAACACAGACAACACACUGGCUACUGAAGUCACCGUGGAGGACCAGCUGACUCAAGGACUGAAGGUGGCCUUGGACACGUCUUUUGUACCAAACACGGGUAAGAAGAGCGGCAAACUGAAGACGGGCUACAAACGCGACUACGUGAACCUGGGCUGCGACGUUGACUUCGAGGGUCCCAUCAUCCACGCCGCCGCUGUGUUGGGCUACGAGGGCUGGCUGGCCGGCUACCAGAUGGCCUUCGACACGGCCAAGUCCAAACUGGCCCAGAACAACUUCGCCCUCGGGUACAGGGCUGGGGACUUCCAGCUACACACCAAUGUUAACGAUGGGACCGAGUUUGGCGGCUCCAUCUACCAGAAGGUGAAUGACGAGCUGGAGACGGCGGUCACUCUGGCCUGGACCGGCAGCAACAACACUCGUUUUGGCAUUGCUGCCAAAUACAAGCUGGAUAAAGACGCCUCUCUGUCUGCCAAAGUGAACAAUGCUAGUCUGAUCGGAGUAGGCUACACCCAGAGCCUUCGACCAGGUGUCAAGGUCACCCUCUCAGCCCUGAUCGACGGGAAGAAUUUCAACGCCGGUGGACACAAAGUCGGCAUGGGCUUCGAGCUUGAGGCAUAAAGGGGACAACUCAGACCCACCAACGAAGAAAAAACAAAAGCCUGAACCACAUCACCCCCCCCUCCCUCUCACACAGUCCUGUAGCUUCUCUCUGGACUCUCCUUCACACUUCCCCCUGUUUUCAUGAGCGUUUCUGACAGUAACAGUCGAGUCUCAGCAUCAUGCUUAAACACCCCCGAGAGGCGUUGUGAGGUUGCGUGUUGAUCCUGACAGUGACGGCGCGUAGUUGUGGAUUAUAUUACCAUUUUUAUUAAAGUGAUUUAUUUAUUUCCCUGUAGGUCUUGGAUGAUGUAGUCGUUGGUUUACAUGUGUAGCUCAUUAAAGGUUCUGUAUUCAGCUCGUUCCUGCCUUCCUAAUAGCAUGUGAGAAUGAAGACGUGGAUGCAGAGCUGAAGGCGUAUUUAAGGCUUGGUUAAAAAAUGGUGCUGUUAUGUCUAUCUUUUUUUUUUUUUACACUUUUGGCUGUGUUGUUGCAAUCUGUGGACUAUUUAAUCCAUAUAAAUGUUUUGAUACAAUA